CGUACAAAAUCGGUUCCUGUGUUCACCGCCGCGUUGGGACAACAAUCAGCGUUUUAUCCUUCGGACACCCCACCUUGAUUUAUAUAUCUGACCCCUUUUAAAUAACUCGGCCAUAUUUCACAAGCGAUUAUUAUCAUGAUUAUAAGGGGCAUGUUCGUAGAAUCUUUUCAAAAGCCCCUUUUAAAAUGUACUUUCUAUAUCCUAUAUGCCCGCCAGUGUGUACCUAUAAAUCUAGCUUUUAUCGCUGGAUCCAUGAUGGAGGUAUUCACCAUGAUUUCACGGCUCGGUUGACGAGAGAGCGAAAUAUAGCGAGUAGAUUUGUAAAGAGGGAACCGAACAAAACACAAUUAUUUCCGAUCCUUGUGUCAGUGGAUGUGCUUCGAGAGGUGUAAUUGUAUUUGAUAUACAAAUAGGACGAAAUCGUUUACUUAUAGCGACAAAACAAUUUACUUUCUGAAGAGGGACGUUUAUUUUAGGGAAGAUGUUUCGUUGAAACCUCACGGCUCGCGGGAACAUUGGUCGCGUUUUGACUUUGGAAUGGCAGAGUAUGUAUAAUGGCGAACGUGACAGUAUUGGUGGAACGCAUAGUGGGGUUUUCAGUCCACAUCCCUCUUCUCAGGUGACAAGUUCAAAAGUUAGAUGCGUGAGAUGAUGACUCCUGACCUGAGAUCGUGAAGAGCUAGAAGAAAAAAAAUGCCAAAGAUAAAGCAUUAUAUUGGUAUAUUGGUAGCCGCUGUGCAAACAGGAUAUGAUUUUGGAGAUACAUGAAUGAAUGCAACAUUGACAAUAUACUAAAGAUAUGAGUUUUUGUUUGCCAGAUAUAUGAUAAAUUAUUGCGAUUGUUUUUCAAGCAGCUUCGUUUGUCCUGAUUCGGAUGUGCAAUUCAUAUGAGUUGGAUCUCUACAUUUUAAGUUUGAAAGUUCGUAGCGUUUUCCUGAGCCUUAAUAUUGAGGAUGCAAACAUAACGUGUAACUGUCAGCAGACAAUUGUUUGGCGCGUAGCCGAGCUUGUAUAUUUCACCUGCACGCGAGGAAUUUUUCUCACUUCUCGUUCAUCAGCGUGCAGGUGUUGUUGUUCUCGUACCCAUGAACAAGGCGUUGAACUCCCUUUCGAGGGGUAAUAACCCCAGUGGUAGAGGGGUGUAAGGAACGGGAGGGGUGUAAGACUGCCAUGGAUAUAGGUGUGGACGUUAAUCAAAAUCACGAAAAGUUCUUUGAUAAAACUCUAGCCCACCACAACGCAUCGACAUCGCAUCCCUCUUCUCCCCGUAGUCUUAGAAACGAAUCACCCACCGACUCUAAGAAGAUACAGCCGCUCGAGGACUUUCACGACGACGACUCCGUAUUUGAUGACCAAGCAGAUGACCAGCAGGACGAUGACGACGACGACGAAGAUGAUGAUGAUGAUGGAUCUUCCAGUACCAGCAGUAAAGAAGGAUUUGUAAAAAGGCGUAUUGAACGGUGGGAGCGUCGACUAUCGCAGUGCGACGACAACGACGUCACCCAAGGCCAGGCAUCCUUUGAGUUACGGCAGCGGGGACAGCCAGCACCCGUUGUCAUACCUCCGACUUUUCUCCACGGGUCCGUGUCGUUUUGUGGGAAUUCUCAAGCGGAAAGCGAGCUUUCUUCAAUAAGGUUGAAUGUGAUUCAAAUGAAAGCUGACUUUCAAAUGACUGAACUCAAAUUAAAAUUUGGCAAGUGGCAAUACGACAUCAACAAGGGGACGAACCAAACGGUAAGGCCACAGAAGAAUCCUCAACCUAACAGGCCAAGCGACAGCACCUCUUUACCAGACGUAUCCGAAAGCAUGGCGGCGAGGGGUCGCGGAGACGUCAUUCCGAGUGUUGCACAACACAUCAGCCUUGCAUCAUUUGGGAAUGAUGGUAGUAGGCGAGGUACAUCAGGGCAUCAACUGCCAGUGGACCAAAGGAUAUUGUCGUCUUAUAGAGGACAGAACCCCCAUAUCACGAUGAGCCAGUCGACACCUUCAUUGGGUCCGCAUGGAGGUCAAAGUAAAGUCUCGACUACCACAAAGACUAAUCGGACAAUAGUGACAACGCAAAGUCAACCAACAAAUAGCUGCGGUUUGGAAGAUAUGGCAUUGAAACUCAGGAAUAUGAACAAACCAUUAGAACAAGAACAAUCGUCACCGCGACGUACACUGGUGGCACCUUUAAAAGCUUUCACAGAUAAUCAACAUAUUUCAGAAAGACUGCGUGGCAGCUGUGGGAUUGACCCGAGUGGUUACCAAAAGGAACACAGACAGGAUGGAAGGUCUGGGACAUCGAACAUACGGACAUCCCAUACUGUUCCCAGCCAUGGAACAGUGAACCAAAGUGGCAUUCCUGUCCGAAAAACGGCCACAGAAGACCAUCAGCAGAGAUCAGGGCGGUCUGAACCCUCGAACAUGCAAAUGUCUACUACUCCCGGUCACAGAACAAUUAUUCAAAGUGGCGUCCCAGUGAGAAUGUAUAAAGCCGCACCAGAUGAUUAUCAAAGGGAUAACCAGAUUUUACGCAACACUCAAACUUCUAAAUUGCAAACUUCUCAUACUCUGCAUAACCCCAGAACAAUUAUUCAAAGUGGCAUCCCAAUGAGAACAAAUAACACUGUACCCGAUGGUUACCAAAGGGAUCACCGCCAAAGGUUACAUAUUUCCGAUUCCUCAAACAUGGAAACGUCUAACACUAUGCCCAACCCGAGAAGUAGCGUAACCAUGGGAACCAAUAAAGCUGUACCCGAUGGUCAUUACAAGGAUAACCAGCAGAGGUUAAAUAGUUCCGAGAGAUUGAACAAACAAACGUCCAACAUUAUUCCAAGCCCCAGAACCGUGGUUCAAAGUAGCAUGCCCAUGAGAAACAAUAAAGCCGCACUAGAUGGUUAUCAAGUUGAUCAUCACCAUAGAUCAGGGAAGCCUCAAACCUCGAGCAUGCAAAUGCGUAAUACCAUUCCCAGCCUCGGUACAACGGUCCAAAGUGGCAUUCCGGUGAGAACUUAUAAAGGUGAAUCAGAUGACUAUCAGAUGGAUCAAAGGCAUAGAACUGGGAGGCCUGAAAUAUCAAUCAAACCUUCAUCGCACAAUGUUCCCAGUUCCAGGACAAUCGUACAGCAAGAUUUUGUGACUAACGCAAACAGAGGAAAUUCCCAUCGACAUCACUUGGACCAACAACAAAGGUAUGGAAGGUCAGGAAUCUCGAACCCACAGGCAACUCAUAGCAGUCCCAACACUAGGACAAUCAUCCAGAAUGACCUUGACCCGAGGGCUAAUCAAGGCUCAACCUAUGGAUAUCAAAGAGAUUACCAACAUAACUUUGAGAUAUCUGGAACGUCAACCGUACAGUCGACUCAAUCCAUUCAACACCAAAGGACAACCAGGCAAGAUGACAAUUUUACAAAAACAAACCUUAGUGAAGCCGACAAGAAAAUUGAUCGUGAGAAGUUACUCAAUGACCUCAGUGAUAUACUUGUUGAAGAAUUAAAGCAACAAGAACAAAUAGAAGAGGAGAUGUCUUCAGGCGGCGUUUCCGAUGGCUCGUAUUAUGACUAUGAAGAUUCGUGGGACAUGGACACAUCUGAAUCCCCUGUAGACACUAAUGAUAUUGGCACACAAUUUGAUUAUGCCGAUGAAGAAAUUUCCCAGGAAUCUAUCAAUUCUGAAAAUGAGAUUCAAUAUUUGAUAGAAGGAAGCGAUGAAACCUUUCGAACUUCAGAUGAUACUUUUGAUGUUUGCACACAGGUUUCUGUUUUGACAUCUCCGAAAGCUAAUGGAAAGACACCCACUGACGCCUUUCCCAGAGAGGAUAAUUUACAGGAUAAGAAUCAGACAUCAAUUGAGGAAGUAAACACAGAUGAAAAUCGAGAAGAAUCCUACUCAAUAACUCAACUUACCGAGGUAAAGGAUGCAAUCAAGGACAAUCAAUCUAGCAAGGAAUCCAAAGAAGAUUUAGUACCAGUUCUAAAUCAUCCUGACAGUUAUCAGGAGUUUACUGUCGAUGUAAAUGGUGUUGACGCUCUGGAUAAACUUGUCAAUGAUUGCAACGGAGCUGUUGUGGAACGACCUGAGCAAGCGCCAGAACCCUUAUCCGAAGUGGAUGAAGCAUUAACGGGUAGCAAGACCGAUUUAACUAGAGCAGUUGUUGGGGAAUCGGCACCCUACGUUAAAUCUUCCCAUGAUGUCUUCCAGUUGGAUUCUAGUGGUUCCCAUCAUGAUGACAUGCUGGGAAAACCAACACCAAUUCAGAAUAGUGACACCAACGAAAUUGUAAAAGAUACAGAGCAAACGCUAGAAACCUUUCCUCAAGCAGAUGAAACAUCAAAGGACAACAAUAAGGUCUUUGACAACGAAGUUGUUGACAAUGUAGUACCAGGCGUUGGAGCUGCACGUGAUAAUUCACAGUUAUGUGCCAUUGUUGCUGAACACGAUGAUGUGUUUACUGCUAUUGCCGCACAUCUUGAUGACGCACAAGAAAAACUGACAUAUGAAAAGGACAUACCAGAAAGGACGAAUAAAAGGGAAAUUCUUAUUGAUAGUAACAUUCACAUCUCGAGCAAUGAUAUCAAAUCUGAUCAUGUGGAUCCUUCAGAGCAAUCAGUAGACCCAACUACCCAAGACCAAAUACCCAUAGAGAGCCAGACAGCUGCUGAGAAAGAAGUGGAGGAAGAAAUCUUACACCUGGACAUUUCUCAUGACGUCCAAAGUAACGCCGAGUUUGAACAACGUGAAGGAUUGGAGAUACUGACUCAAGAGACUAUCAACAGUGACCUUGUUGAACUUGAUGCAAACAAUGAUUUACCAAUAUGCAGUGAUCCACCAUCUGCUUUACAUAUAUCGGAAGGUGAUGAGUAUGACCACACGGACCUGCUGACUGAACGGGAUCAGGAUCAAGAAUCUUAUAGACUGGAUGACCCAACUAAAACUGUCGUUGAAGAAGUUGUGCAAAGUCUCAAGCGUCCGCAUGAUGAGAAAGAGCUUAAUGAUGUAGACCGUAGAAUUGCCCUGAAAUCGCUUUCAGAAGAGCUAUACAAUGUGAAUAACCCGACAGUGUCUGCAGAGUACGGAGGAAACCUGACAACAUCCGAUGGACCAAUUUCUUAUGACGAUAAGACAACGGUUGAAGAUCACUUCUGUAAGACUCUUACUGAGGACAGCAACCAGCCAUUUGAUUUCUCAAGUCUCUCAUCACCUGUUGUAGAAGGGGACUCCGACUUACCUCAAACUAAAAUAAGAGCAGUGUCUGAAGACUCUUGUAAUGGUUCUAAUCAUGCCUCAUAUACAAGAAAAGAAGAGGAAACCCAAUGGAAUGAAAAUAUUGGCAGGGUCUCUUUAGGUUCAGAGAAUUCAAUUUCUGGUCAUAAUUUAAAUCCUUCUCUACAAUCAAACCACUUUUCCUUUCCAAUGCCUAUCGAGAACAAGAAUGAGUUCAACGAGGAAAAAAGUCACCCACUACAAGAAACUUCUGGGGAUCAUGAUUCUUCAAUAGAUGAAGAAAAAUCUGAUACUGAUCCGAAGAAACGUGACCAAUUUAGCGAUGACCUGAAAUGUCAAACAAAUAUCACAGUUAAAGAGUCCAUGGGAAGGGAAUCUUUGAGUCCGAGGAGGUCCAAAAUUCCAGUACCAAACUCAACACUUACUAGAAGCAAAAGUUUGCCCACUCGAAACCGUAUGAAUCGAGAUCAUGUACACACGAAAGAAGCUUUAAACAAUGGAUUGGUCAAUGAGAGGUCACCCCGUGUCAACGUAAGCACAACAUCACCAACCUCUUUUAACUCUUUCUCUUUUGUACAUAAAAGCAGCCCGAGGUCCGCUUCUUCUAAAACAGGAAAACAGCAGAAUAGCCGUAUACCAAUACCAACGUCGAAUUUCAAGAGAAUGGGAAGUUGUCCUGAUCGUUCCAGGCCCAAGAUUACAGGAUUAAAUUCAAUAUCAUUAUCGAACAGAUCGAAAGUAAAUACAAAUAUCCCAGUUUCUAAAAAGAACACAAGCAAGACACGUUCUAGGGACAUUAAUGUUACUGAAGCGCUUGCUAUUAAUGAUGAUGCAAGAGCCACCGCAUCUUUAAAGGAUGAUGAGCAAUCAACUGGGGAACCGAAAUCAUGGAUACCUGGAUCCAAUGAUCCAUCACUCUCUCCUGGUGACAUGCCAGUUGAUCUUGCAGCAGAUGAAAAUGAAAAACAGUUCUUGGAUAAUCAUUCAUCAGAAACGGAUGACUUCAUUAAACGAGCAAAACAAAUUUUGUCGAGAAUACCAGCUUCACCAACCAACACUCCAGUUACUCAAAAUGCUCCGUUUGAAGUGAAAUCAUCUGAUCGAGGGGACAAAGUUCAGGGGCCAACAGAGGAAGUUCCUCACACAGAUCAUCAUCCCGUUUCAUCAAAUGAAAAGGACACCGAAUUCCUAUCACUGGAGGCAGAGGCAGAUGAUGAUACAGCAAGUGAAACUCUUACUCUUCACUCGGAAAAUGAAUUUGAUAUUAAAAGCCCCUUACACGAAGAAGUUCUUAAUAUCGAAUUAUCUGAAAUCGAGCUUAUUGGGUUUGAGUAUGAUAGCCAGAAAUCUCCGAAUUCUAGGAUACCAGUUCCGCAGAGGCCUCAUAAGCCAGACCAAAUCGAUGCGUUAUCAGAGGAAGAAAGUGAACCCGAUGAUGAAGUCGUUAGUGAUGUUUCUGGCAGAGAACGUUCGGUAGCUAGGAUCUCUCCCAUGCCUAGGGAAGAUGGAGGUGACGUAACACCAACACCAAAAAUGCGAAAAUCCUUCAAGUCGAGGAUCCCACUUCCUUCUCCAAUAGCAAUCAAACCACCACCGCGUACAAAUAGAAAUCGCUCAUACUCUGAGACUGAUGGAGGAAAUGUCAUUAGUUCUCAUGAAGAAUUUGACGAGGUACGUCAAGAAGAGUCUGAUGAAUCUGAAGAAACUGAAAGGGAUCAUCAAUCUGAAUUCGAGGAGGGGCAGAAUUUUAGAAGAACGCAAUCAUCUCGUGAAGUCAGACCUCGUGGUAGCUACUGGGCAUUUAAAAACACGCCCAACCUUGCGGUAACAGAUUUUGAACGUUCACAGACGCUAAGACCAAGCCGUUCCAGGAGUACUGGUAGGAGAUCUCCAGCAGGUACUCCGAGAAUAACACCAAGAGGUACGCCUAGGUCGACACCGAGGAGCACACCACGAGAUACGCCUAGGAGCGGAUCUCUGAAGAGGCAACAGCCUCAUUCUAAAACACCACCGACCUUUAAAUCUCGAGAGUGUGCCUUUGUGCCACUUCCUGAAUGGAAUCGCCUGAGAGAAGUUCUUUCUUCAGGUGAACAAUCCAGGCAGAGCACCCGUCCAUCAAGUCCUUCGGACUUCAGCUACACCAGCAGAAGGUCCUCUAACGAAUUCCCAAGAAUGCAUUCUCCGAGAUGGGAAACUCCUAUUACAACUCCGAAGCCGAGCCGUUGGAGAGUCGAUGGUCGUGUCCCAACACAUCUAAAGAAGAAAUACUCAUCCAUGAACGACAUGGGAGAUUCCGAGGACCUCUAUCCGUCUGACCAAAACUUGACUGAACCCAAAACAGUCAAAGAGGAAUUCGACUCCCCUUGGAAGAUGCAGUUCAAAACCAAUAUACCUUCAUCGCAAUCUUUACCUCGUACUGAGAGAAAUGAGGCUGACAAGAAUAGAGCUCAUCAUCAGCAAGAAAGGCAAUUCCCGGACAAUAUUGGAGGUAGAGGGCGCUCACCUUGUGCUUCCGAGACGACGGAGAUACCCAUGUCCUCUACAGGAGACGUCUCUGCGAUCUGGACUGAAGACGAUACCCUGCAGAGCUCCAACUUUAGUCUUCCGGUAGGAGCUAAGAAGAAAUCAUGGAAGCGACGUUUAUCAAUCAGGAAAAAGAAAUCAGUAGACCCUUCAAAAGAAGGAGAAGGUAAAGAACCGGAAGAGGACAAGCGGGAAAAGAAAAAGAGGAGAAAUUGGUUGCUUAGGCUUCUUGGAAUCCGGAAAUAGGAAAUCCAGUCUAUUACAAAGCCUUCCUAAUAUCGUCGAAGUGCCAAUGAUUGCAACAUAAAAAUAUCAGCCAAUUCCAACCAUUUUUCCAACAUACGGGUCAGUUGAGGACAUGUUUUCUUUCCUCUUACUUAAACCUCCUUCCCCUUUAUCUUUUCACAAUCGCCCAUAAUGCUGUGUUUGUUUUAACUGUUAAAGUCUGUGCUCGUGGAUUUCAACAAAUGUUGAUCGUUCAUUGGUCAAAAUGUUAUUCAUUUUGAUGUCCAUAAAGAUGGACUGUUUCUGCAAGUUACCUGCAGCCCUGCAUGCUAGGGAAAUCGACUUCGUUUUUCUCGCUGUCAUGUUGAGAGCGAAGUUGGCUCAGUCGGUAAAGCGCGUCUGCCUGUAGAACCAAAGGUUGUUCCAUAGAUGCAGGUUAUGUUAUAGUGGAAAACAGUCCGUCCUCGGAUAGGACUUUAAAUGGAGGCCCCGUGUAGAGGAGAGUCACCACCUUUGCCCGUUAAGAACCCGCUACAAUAUUCGUAUAAGAGUGGGGGGGGGGGGGGGGGGAUAGUCGGUGUAGUGGUCCACCUGCACUUCCCCAAUCAGUUAUAUCGAGAGGAGAGACCUGCGGGUCACAGUGAUUCAGUUCGCGUUUCGCCUCCCAGGCACAGGUGACGCCAAACAAAUAAUGAUGAUGAUGAUUAUGAUAAUAAUAAUAAAUUACAUUUGUAUUUCGGUGAACAUACAUGAAAUGGAAAUGAAGGCAUGGGGAACAAAUCCUAUUCUGUGUGAGAUUUACUUCUUUAUAAUGCUCGGCACACGAUUUAAUUUCAAAGAGAGAGUUUGGAACAAAAAGAACUGCAAAUUAGAUUAAUAUUUUUUCGAGGAGGGGGGGGGGGGCAACAUUUGGUUUCGAUGGAGAUACGAACAUUUUUUUCUCGGUGUGCUGAAGUAUUUUGCAUACCUUUUUUUCGGAAGAUUGUAAAAUGUGGUUGUGAUCGUCCAAGGCUACUUUCAAUCAACAGUCAAAAGGGAAUCAGAGAUCAACUCAGUUAAUCUUAUACAAGUUUAUCAAAACAUUAAAAGUGUGAAUGAAUAAAUAAUGAUAUGUGAUGGUACAAACCUAUUUAAGGUUCCCAUUCCAUAGAAGUAAGGUGCUUACCUUCAGCAUUGAAUGCUGCCUCAUACUCAUAGGAAUAUCUCUUUUCAUAUGGUUCAGUAACUAUAUAUAAUGUAUUGAAAGUGGUAUAAAAAGUUGAGAAAUAAAAUAGCACUUGGGCGAUCAAUCUAGACAUGCUAGAAACAGUCAUUCUGAUGAUCUGUAUACUAAGAAUAAAAGGUGCAACUUUGCAUCAAUGCAACACCGUCAUCUCUCUUGUGGGUGCAACCUUGCACCCUUAAUCUUUUUAGCACCUAUAGAGGUGCCGUUAUCUAUACUUUGCACCCUUUUAGGGUGUAGCGUUGUACUCUCCGAGGAAGGUACAACUCCAUGCAAAAAAAAAAGUGCAGAGUUAUUGCGCCUUAGAAACUGAAAUUUUAGGGUGCAAACAAGAACAAAAAAGGUAUUUUUUUCUCUUCUCACCCAGAUGACUCUGCCGGUGUUGCGUUUAGGGUGCAAACUUGCACCCUUUUUUAUAGUUUGUGACUUAAUAUUUUUUUUCACGAGACCGUCGUAAAUUUAUAAGUUCACAGAUACCUUUAAUACGCUACAAAUAUUUGUAACACUUGUCUGUAUAUUUAUUCUUGAAGUAAUAAUGGCUUCAAAAAGUGUUUUUUUCGAGGGGCUCUUAUUUUGAGGGUUAAUACACAGAAGGUCUUUACUCCAAAUCAAUGAUUUUGAAAAAAGAUGGUGCUAGUGAUUCUCGAACAAGAAGCUUUCAAUCAAAGACGGGGAAGUGUAGGCCUACUCUGCAUUAUAUGCGAUAGAAAGUUAAAUUGACUUGGGGCUUAAUGGUUUCAGAUUCUCAAGGUGUUGCCGCUUAUUAAAUUCUGCAACCAAAAUGUUAAAAUUAUCAAAAUUGGAGCGCUGUACCUGUUCAGAAAUUCCGAGUUUGAUAUAUCCCGAUAUCAAUAGCAUUAAGAAAAAUAUUCUGCACUAUGCAAGCUAUUGAAAUGGCUCCAAAUUUGGUUUCCUGAUUGCAGAUUGGUCAUAAUGUUCCUUUUUCUUAUUGAAAGCAAUCUUUAUGAAACGAGGCCUUUCCUUUGUAGAAUUGACUAGUAACACAACACCGUGCGGUCACGAAGCAAAACUAUACACCCAGGAAAGUUAUGCCUCAUUUAUUUCAUCUUUUCUUCACUUAGAAUAGUUUAGAACUAACUUUAUGCUGACGUCACAAUGGGUGUAGCUUGAGCUUAUAUUUGAGCAGCCGUAUAGAUUGCUGUAUGUAUAUAUAAAUCAGAUUUUGUGUUCAUUGUUAUAUCAGCCAAUUAUUGAUAUCAUACUGCAGUAAGUGUAUUUUAAUCGCGUUCUAAGUAUAACUGUAUUUUUUUAGAUCUCACUUUCAUGUGUGAGCCACCAGGAAGGGUGGGGUGGGGGUAUACACCCUUAUAUAUCUAUAUACACCAAAUAACCAACUAAAUCUAACAACUGUCUUGUCGGCCAGAGAUUCAUUUAUAUUUUUGUUUAUUUGUGUGUAGUGAUAUUACAUCAUAUUGGUUAUGGUAUUUAAAUGAUGCCACAUUUUGCAGCUUUGAUAUUUACGUAUAUCUGAACUUUUGUAUCCCCUCGAACGUCAUUAGACACAAUAUUCAGCCGAAUGAAUAACAUUCAUUUGUUUGACAUUUAUCACAUUUCUUUAAGUGUGAUAUUUGGACUUUGGACUUCAACUCGUUAUAAUAUGCUUUGGUAUUUGCAGAUACUUGAUAAUUAUUAUUUAUAUCCUGAUCUAUUUUCGUCCAUCAUAUGUUUGCUGUGAUUGAUGAUAUAUUAUUGCAGCUUGUUUGAUUAUCAAUACCCAAUAUUAUGACCCAUUUACCUUCAAUCAGAGUGUUUUAAUUUGUAAUAACU